GUUGUUAGAUUCGAAGAAGCAGAAAAAGUUCGAGCUCUAGAGAGAGAGAGAGAGUAAGAGCCACACUCUCGUUGCCCAUCCCGAGAAAGAAGGCGACAAAUGUUCGUGCUGCUUUGAUUGGUACUCCGCGCACGAUAAGCAGCGGAGCAGCGCACGAUAAGGCCGACCCCGUCCUGCACUCUCCACCGCUCCGGCGACCGGUGAACUGCUUCUCCAGCCAGUUCUUGAACUGGGUUUCGCCUCGUUUCCCUUCCCGACCCUGACUGGGAUGGUGGGUGCCUCGCAUUUCGGCGGUUGUGGCCGGUGCCGGAGUAGGACGGCGGAACUCCUGGGAGUAGCUUUGUUCUUGCUGUGUUUCUCCGGCGGCCCGGUGUCUCUUUCCCUCGCCGGCCGGUCGCCGGCCUCCCGGAGUGAAGCCAGAGUUUACAAACACUUGAAAAGAGUAAACAAACCUUCAGUCAAAAGCAUUCCGAGCCCAGAUGGGGAUAUCAUUGACUGCGUGCCCAUCUCCAAACAGCCAGCCUUUGACCACCCAUUCCUCAAAGACCACAAGAUCCAGAUGAGGCCGGAAUACCAGCCAGAAGGGCUGGUUGGCUUGGAGAAGGAAGGGAGUGGAGAAAGAACGAUUCCGGUGACUCAGUUGUGGCACAUGAAUGGGCAUUGCCCGGAGGGCACUGUCCCUAUAAGGAGGACAAAGAAAGAAGAUGUGUUAAGGGCAAGUUCUGUGAAGAAGUUUGGGAAGAAGAAGCAUAAGAGCACCCCUUUGCCAAUGGGUACAGAUCUUGGCAGUGGGGGUGCUAGUGGCCAUCAGCAUGCAAUAGCCUUUGUUGAGGGAGACAAGUAUUACGGAGCGAAGGCGACCAUUAAUGUCUGGGAACCUAAAAUAGAAGAGCCUAAUGAGUUCAGCUUGUCCCAGAUAUGGGUACUUGGUGGCUCUUUUGGUCAAGAUCUCAACAGCAUUGAGGCCGGUUGGCAGGUGAGCCCGGGAUUAUAUGGUGACAAUAACACACGGCUGUUCACUUACUGGACUAGCGACGCGUACCAGGCCACAGGGUGCUACAAUCUUCUCUGCUCUGGAUUCAUUCAGAUCAACAGCCAAAUAGCAAUGGGUGCUAGCAUCUCCCCUGUUUCUGCAUAUCGAAAUUCGCAGUACGAUAUCAGCAUUCUUAUUUGGAAGGAUCCGAAGCAAGGAAACUGGUGGAUGCAAUACGGGAACGACUUGGUUCUUGGGUAUUGGCCAUCGUUCUUGUUCUCAAACUUGGCCGACAGCGCGAACAUGGUGCAGUGGGGUGGUGAGGUGGUGAACACGCAGCCGAACGGUCAGCACACCUCCACGCAAAUGGGCAGCGGGCAGUUCCCGGAGAAGGGGUUCGGGCAGGCGGGGUAUUUUCGGAACAUCCAAGUAGUUGACAGCUCAAACAACCUCAAGUCACCCAAGCAUCUUGACACAUUCACUGAGCAGUCAAACUGUUAUGAUGUUAUGAAGGACUCCAAUGAUGAUUGGGGUCAUUAUUUCUACUUUGGAGGACCUGGUAGGAACCCUAUGUGCACAUGAGUUUAGGGGAUUUAGUCCUAGAGUUUAAGGGUGAGUGUGACCUUAAAAUGUUGUGUAUUGUGUGAAGUUUUUGACCAUCUAAUAUGCUCCUUUGAAAGGUUCCUCUCCAUGUAUGUGGGUGGGGUGAAGUGGCUAAGGUUAUUUAUUGUAUGCCAAAAAAAGAAAUAGGCCUAAGGCUUUGUUUGGAAAUAAUAUUUUUAAUUAGGAUAUGGGUUUUGCAUAUAAUUUUAACUGACUUCUUUCUUUUGACAACAAGUUUGUCGUCAUAAUAUGACAUUUGUAGUUCUCAAAAAAAAUUGUGGUGUAUUUU